AUGUCAAAAAUCUCAAAGGUUUCUUCUUUCUGUUUACUCCUCCUCGUCGUCGUCUUCUUCCUCAGUUCUCAACCUGCACUCUCACUCCGUCUCCCAAAACCGCAGUCAGAACUAGCAUCACCUCAAACCAUGAUCGAUGACUCAUCUCCAAUGGGAAUGAUCGACCAUGCAAAAGCCAUGAUUGCUGGAUUCUUCAGCCACAAGUUUCCACUAAUGGGCUGGCCUUUCCCAAAGUACCCACCCUUCACAAUGGUUAACCCUAACGUUCCAACAAAACCAUCUGGAGCUCAAGAGGAAUCAGAGAAGUUACCUUCUUCCCCAAGCAAACUUAACAAAGAUGGACGAAACGCAUGAAAAUUGCUGUUGGAAACAUUUCUAUGGUUUUACAUUUUCAUUAAAAUAAAGAAAUUGUAUCUUUAACAAUUGAAUGGUAAGAGAAAGAAAAUAUUAUAUAUCUA